GGAGCGCUAAAGGAGACACGAGCAAAACAGGUUCCAGAGUAAUUCCAAGGAAAGUGGUGGAGUUUGAGUGAAAUUUGCAUAGUAAGACCUGCUCCGUAUCUACUAAACAACACGCUUCCUCUUUCGUGACUCAUUCAGACACAAACACUGCAGCAAUGCCUCUUCCUGGUGCAUGCCUGAACAUUAUGGAGGCUCGUCACAAGCAGAAGGGAUAUGGGAGCAUCUCCAACCCUGAAAGGUUCUGUAACCAAGACUUCAAGAACCUGAAGCAGUACUGUCUAAUCAAAGGAGUAAGGUACCUCGAUGACAUGUUCCCCCCUGAUGCAAAGUCUAUUGGCCAGGGGAUACUGAAGCCCUCCGACCUGGCCCACGUGAAGUGGCUAAGACCUGCGCAAAUUGCUCCUGAUGCUGAAUUUGUGGUUGAUGGCGUCUCCAGAUUUGACUUUGGUCAAGGUGUACUUGGAAACUGCUGGUUUCUUGCAUCAAUCGGCGCACUGACUUUCCAGAAUCACAUUUUUGAACAAGUUGUUCCCCUCGACCAAAAAAUCAAAGAGAACUACUGUGGCAUUUUUCACUUCAGGUUCUGGAGAUUCGGGCGGUGGGUGGAUGUCGUCAUUGAUGACAAGUUGCCGACGAUCAAUGGCAGACUAAUCUUUGUUCACUCCAAAGAUCCAAAUGAGUUCUGGCCUGCUCUGCUGGAGAAAGCUUAUGCCAAAGUUUGUGGUUCCUACACCGACAUGACUUCUGGAACUCCUUCAGAGGCUAUGAUGGAUUUCACCGGUGGCGUCCACAUGUGCGUCCAGCUGUCGGACGCCAGUUCAGAUGUGUGGGGGCUGAUAUGCAGAGCUGGCAAAUCCAACACAUUGAUGGGCUGUGGUACACCUCAAGGGGAAACAUCUGCUAACACAGUUUUGCCAAAUGGACUGGUCCAAGGGCACGCCUACACUGUGACAGGGGUUAAAGAGCUUAUUAGCCAAGGAAAACUUGUGAAGCUGAUCCGUUUGUGGAACCCCUGGGGCAAAGGAGAGUGGGUAGGAGACUGGAGUGAUCGGAUGGCAUUUGAAGAUUUCUGUAAGUUCUACACAGAUCUUGACAUCUGUGGCCUGAAACCAGACUUCAUAGAUGGAAAAUCCUCUGCUCAGUGGAAGACCUCUGUGUACGAGGGUCGGUGGGUUGCUGGAACUACUGCUGGAGGCUGCAUAAAUAACAGAGACACUUUCUGGACAAAUCCACAGUAUCGAAUUAAGGUCGUAGGUGAAAACUCAGAGACCAAUGGGGAGAAAAACAUCCUAGUGUCUCUCAUGCAAAAGCCUGACAAGAGGAACAGACGCCUGGUGCAGAACCUCCACAUUGGUUUUUCUGUAUAUUUGGUGUCCGAAGACUACAAAACGCAAAGUGGGAAGUUUCCAGCAAUGUUCUUCAACACCCAUCUGCCUGUUGCUCGGAGUGAUAAAUACAUGAAUGCCCGUGAGGUGAUAGAGUUCCUUAUGCUGAAGCCUGGUGAAUACCUGAUUGUGCCAUCCACCUUCAAACCCAACGAGACAGCCUCCUUCAUCCUCACCAUCCACUCAAGAGAAGAGACUUGUUGCUAUGAGAAUUCAAAUUCAAAUGAGCAAAGAUAUGAGCCAGUUGAAAAGGUCACAAAAGUAAAAAACCAUCAGGAUGAAGAAAACAAGAAAACAUUCUUCCGUCAAUACUCUGACAAGUAUGAAGAAGUGGAUGCUGAGCAGCUCCAGAGGCUUCUAAAUGAAAACAUCCUGAAAGGAGAAAUGAAAUCUGGAGGGUUCAGCCUUGAUGCCUGUCGCAGCAUGGUGGCUCUAAUGGAUACAUCGAUCACAGGCAAACUAAACAGUGAGGAAUUCGUCCGUCUGUGGAACAAGGUCACCAAGUACAAGGAGACUUUCUUCCUCACCGACGUUUCAAAAACAGGAACGCUGUCACUGAGUGAGCUGAGGAAUGCAUUUGUAGCUUCAGGAAUGAAGGUUUCAGAUGACAUGCUCAGUCUGAUGGCUCUGCGCUAUGGCGCCUCCUCUGGACACAUGGCACUGGAGUGCUUCAUCAGUCUCAUGAUUCGCUUGGACUGCAUGAAGAAAAUCUUCAAACAGUUGUCUGAUGGAAAAUCCAUUAAUCUCAAGGAGUCAGAGUGGAUGUACGUUUCCAUGUACACUUAAGCCAGCUGAAAGAAAGAUGCACGUUUCAUCUGGAAAACACAAGAAGAUAUUUCAAAAACUUGUUUUCUGUGAAUUAGCUAUAACACUUUAUUACUUUGAAACAACUAAACACAAUAAUGUGAAACUAUAACAAACACUAUCAUUUAAAGCUGUAAACCAUAUGCCUCUCUGCAUAUUAUGUCAAAGACUGAAUAACUGCAUUUUUUUGUGACUAGUACUGCAAACUUGUCAAUCUGUGUUUUAUAAUAGAAACAUAAUACAGAUGUUCGUGAAUGACAUGGGACUAUUGUAUCAGUCAAAAAUGAAUGAAGUGGAUGGGAAAUUAACCUGAUAAGAUAACUACAAAAACUCGGAAAAUGGAAAUUCAAAGGAAGAAAAUGUCAAAUUUAACUAGUACCUUUGUUUUUAUAUGUAAUUUUCUAUAUCAGCUGCUUUUUAAAAUUCCUUUUAUAUUGGGGAAAGGAAGUACCAAACUUCAGUGGGUCAGUUUCAAUAGUGAGAGGUUGCGUUCUCCUCCUUUCAAUGAAGCAUUGCCUUUGUGAUCUUCAGAAAUUUUCUUUUUUCCAGCAGCUGGGAUUUUUUUUAAUCUUAUCAUUUGUUUUGUGGGUUUUGAUAUAUUUAGCUGCAUAAUUGCCUGUUAAAGUUACAUUUUCUUAAUAAAAUCAUGUGUUAUUUUGUA